GCUUCUCCGAAGCAGCAGAGCAGCCCCAGCACGAGAACCCACACGCGCGAGUGAGCGAGUGAGUGAGUUUCCGAUGGCGGUGGAGGCGGUGUUUAAAGAGCUGCCGGUGCAGGCAUCGCUGCCCGUAAUAGGAGCACUGCCGGCGAGUCCCCCGUCCGGCCUCCUCACCCAGCACGAGGGCGGUAGCCACGCCCGCAUCUUCACCACCGCCGACGCGCCGCACCUCCUCUGGAAGACAGUGCCGCUGGAGGACAUGGAGGGUAUGUCUGACGAGGAGGAGGAGAAGUGGAGGGUGCUACGGCAGGAGAGGAGGGUCAUGCUCGCUGUCGAGAAGCGCAGCAACAACCUGGGCAUCCCUCCUGACAGACGCCCCUUCCUUCCCCUCCUCGCACACCACACCGACCUCCGCAGCCCCGCGGCCAUGUUCGCCUCGCCAUCGCCCGCCAACGCCCCCGUCACGCCAGAGGAGGCCGCCGCCAUGUCGAGGGUUUUCGCCAUACAGAUGCCAAAACUCAAUAUGAGUAAGAUAAUUCACACUGAAUCAGGGCAUUUCAUUAGUUCUUCAUUUCCUGUCUGUGCCUUUGUGUGGGUGUGUGUGUGGGUUUGUGUGAUUGGCGUCACUCAGGUGUGUAUGGUGACCUGAGGAAGGUCUUGCCUUGGUGUGCGGCGAUUUGUGGGGCCAUCCGCAGCAGCCAGCUCCACCAGCCGCACACACAGGCGCUGCUCAAGGACCUGGCCCUCCACCAGCCGCACACACAGGCGCUGCUCAAGGACCUGGCCCUCCUUCUGCUGCGUGGGCUGGUGAGGCUACACAACGCCGCCAUCCUGCUCGAAAUCCUGGCGGAGGACAACAUGUCCUCGGACGCCCUCGUGCCCAUCCUCGACCGCAUCCCUGCGGUGCGGGUCGACAGGAGCACGGGGGAAGUGUCCCUGCUGGGCGAGCUCAAGGACCUGCUCAUCCGCCAGCCAGCCCCCAUCAUCACAGACGACAGCAGCAGCAUCGCAUGCGACGAGCGCAUGAUAGACCUCGGCCACUGCCUGCGCCACAAGCCGACCACCCACCCGCCCCCCACCAGCAUCGGACGGCUGCCGAUCCUCGCCAGCAUCGCCAAGGAGGACCAGGAGUACGACCAGAUGUGGACCAUCACCCCACACCACCAUGCUCCCGAGUUCUCGGUGAUGCUGGCCAAGCAGUGGGCCGGUCAGCGGGCCAAGAGGCGCGAGCAGGAGGCGAGCGGCGUUGAGGAGGUCUACAGGGAUGGCUGGGAUGUCGGGUGUGGGCUAACCGACGACGGCGAGGUCGAUCAAGUCGAGGCCAGGGCGGGCCAGCUGCUGGGCGCCAUGCAGGAGAGGGGGCUGGACGUGGAGGAGCCGCAGGAAGACGGGACGGUGAAGGCCAAGAUGUGGAUAGGGGAGGCGGCCAUCGUGGGCGGCCUGGGGCUGGAGACGCUCUCCGUGCUGGUCGGCGAGCUGUUGCACGACCACAUGGAGAGGCUGUCGCCGCCGCCCCGCGGAGCCGACAAGGACUGCCACCGGAGGCGCCUUUCAAUACUCAACGGCCUCUUCUGGGAGGACACCCUAACCCGCGCCCUGCCGGUGGUGUCUGAGGAGAGCCGCUCGCUCUUCCAGCGGCCAGAGCCAUGCAUGCAGUGGGCGAGGGACGUGGGGAGCAAGCUGCGCGAGCUGGUGGUGGAUAGCUUGAGGCCCAUGCCGUGGGAGCGCAUGGAGCGGCUGCCCAAGGGCCUCAUCGACAUGGAUGCCCGGCUGCAUGAGAUGGAGGAGAUGGUGCUGGCCGCUCACUGGGGGGCCACGAGUCCCUCCUUUCCUGCACCCAUCACCGACGCGAAUUGAGUAAGCACCCCCCCCAGGAGCCAGACGCCGCCACACCACACACACCGCCCCCGCACCACCACCUGCAGCAGCAGACGGUGAGUGAGUGAGUGAGUGAGAGGGGAGAGAGAGAGGGAGGCUGAUCUGGUGUGUGAGUGUGUGUGUGUGUGUGUGUGUGCAGCAAGUGGGUUCGGAGGAUUGAGUAAGCCAGCUGAUGUUUGCUGAUGUGUGUGGUGGUGGGGGGCGGGUGAGAGAUGGCUCUCCUGCCGCGAUGUUGGGAUCAAUAGCU